ACUAGCCGUGAGCCGAGGGCGAACGGCGAUCACUCCACUGGCUCUUCUGCUGUUCAUUAAUCAUUUAAACACGUGAUGUGCUCAAAAUGAUUUAUUAGUUAUUUUUCAAAUUUAAAAUCCCAAGAUAUGAGUGACCGAAAACAGUAAGUGCGAUUCAGUACGAGUGAGGAGUGGUAAAAUUAUUCAUUUAUAUCCCUGAAACUACCGGUCGCGCCAUGGUAGUCCAGAAGAAAGAAAGCGUGUUCAACACACUCAACGAAUGCGAAGUGGAAGAUAUCACUUUAGAGUUUUUCUACAAACCUCAUACCAUAACUCUAUUGAUAUUGUCAAUCGUUGGUGUAAUUUUUAUGUCCUUCAUUCGAGAUGAUAAAUUGAUUGAUAGCAAUAUAUGUGCUGGAAUCUGGUGCGUUAUAUUUUUUCUGCUACUUGUAUCUCUAUUGGCAUUCCCAAAUGGUCCUUUUGUGAGACCUCACCCAGCUGUCUGGCGGAUGGUAUUCGGACUCAGUGUUCUAUAUUCGCUAACAUUGCUGUUUUUAUUAUUUCAAAAAUAUGAAACGAUCAAAGGAAUGAUAUUAUGGCUUGAUCCUAAUCUAAAAGAUUUCCGAAUUGAUAUGGAUAAAGAAUAUGGUGUUAACUGUUCAGAUAUUACUGUGGAAAAGUUUUGGGCACAUUUGGAUGUAUUUGCGGCUGGUCACUUUUUUGGUUGGGUAUCAAAAGCAGUACUAGUGAGACAUUAUGGAAUAUUGUGGUCAAUGAGCAUGAUGUGGGAAUUCACUGAAGUGAUGUUUUCUCAUUUAUUACCAAAUUUUAAGGAAUGUUGGUGGGAUGCUUGGAUUUUAGAUGUCCUACUUUGCAAUGGAUUUGGUAUAUGGGUUGGGAUGAGAAUUUGCAAAAUGUUAGAAAUGAGAGACUAUAAUUGGCCUGGUAUUAAAGAAAUUGAUACAACUAAAGGUAAAAUCAAGCGAGCUGCACUACAAUUUACACCAGCUAGUUGGACACAAGUUCGGUGGCUAGAUCCAAAUUCAUCAUACAUGCGCUUUUUUUCUGUGUGCCAAAUGGUAAUUAUGUGGCAAGUAUCCGAACUAAAUACAUUCUUCUUGAAGCACAUAUUUGAAAUGCCACCAUCACAUCCACUAGUUGUUGGCAGACUUUUCUUUCUGAGUAUCGUUGUUGCACCAUCUACUAGACAAUAUUACACAUAUGUGACAGAUCGUAAUUGUAAAAGACUUGGGACACAGUGUUGGGUCUAUGCAGUCAUAAUGGUCACAGAGUCACUGUUGUGUAUAAAGAAUGGAAAAGAACUAUUUCAGCAGACUGAAAUUUUUAACAUAUCAGUAUGGUUGAUUAUCAUGCUAUUUUUCUCCGUUGUCAGUGUUUUGGGCUUUUGGCAGGCUGAUUGGUUAACGGGAAAAAAAUUAGAUGCAGAAUUUGUUCCAAAUUCAAUCUCAAAUGAUAGCAAUGUUGAAGAAGACUACACAACCAGCAAAAGCAAAACACAUUAAGUUUAAUUGUCCAAGUAGCGUUGAUUAGUAGAUGCCAAAUAUUACAUAAAUACCUAUUAGAAUCAUUAAAUGACAUUACAAAUUGUUAACGUGAUGUAUGUGACCUAUUCCUUAAAAUAAUUAUUUUGGUAUUCAUUUAUUUAAAAAUGGGACAUGUAUAUUACCUUUAUGAGUUCUUUACUAUCAGAUCUUGUAUUGUUAUUAGUUAUUGUAAUAACCUUAUGAUAAAAGACUUAUUUAAGCCUAGUCACCUUAUGUGUAUUUGUUAUUACCUAUUUUAAAUCAUUUUUCUUUAAAAUGCUACGGUUAUUUAUUGUGAUAAAAAUAUCAAGUACUGAAAUUGUAAUAUUGUGUGUUUAGUGCAUAAAUAAGUUAUUCAAACUACUCAUUUGUAUUUUUUUUUUUUUGGUGUGACUGUAUUGACUUUUAAAUGUUCCAUAAUAUUAAAUAAAAUUUACUAUGAAAAUAAAUGUCUUGUAGAAUAAUAAUAGUAUACAUCAUUAUAAGUACUAAAAUAUUUAGGUGUUACACAUAUUUUAUUUAAAUUUUUGCUCAUAGUAGAAUAAUUAGUGUAUUAAAGAUGAGAUAUAGUAUCGUAGUGCCAUAGUAUUUAAAUCAUUAUUCUAUACUAAUAUUUUGUUUGCACUUUAAAAAUCUAAAUGUAGAUUAUUUUGAAUAUUAAAUUUAAACUUUUAAUUGUUUUAUUAAUUUCUCUAUCUUAUUUAAAUGCCAUAAAUUUGUCCAUGAUAUUAUAUAAUCAACAAUUCAACAACCCAAUAAUCAUGAUAUCAUUAAUAUCCAGAAACUUAACUUAGAAAUAAAAAUAUAGUAUAAAGGUAUAAUAAUUGUUUAUUUCAUCAGAAAUCCAAUCUUAAACUAAUCUUUUAGGAGACAUAAUUUUAAUAAUACUCGGAUAAUCAAUUUAAAUAGUAAAUAAAUAACAAUGUAUAUACAAACAACCAGCUAUCAUACCUUUGUAAAUGAAACAAUAUUGUAUUAUAUUUUCUAAAUUAUUAUCAUAAUUCAUAUAUAUCAUAUUAUGUCAAUACUAUUAUAAUUUAAUAUAAAUAUUCAAUAGAUGAUCAGUAAUAAUUAAUGUUUUUAUUAUCUCAUGCUUUAUAACUGGAUAGUUAUUUUGAUUAAAUUAAUUCUUCAUUUUUAGAUAUAUAUUUAUAUUUAUACAUGCUUUAAUUAAUUGCUUCUCUUAUUAUAUAUAUUUUUAUUGCAGUUCAAUCAUUUUCAUAAAUGUAAUUAUAAUAAAAAUUAAAAAUAUAAACAUAUAAAAUGUUUUAAAGAAAAUCGAACCAAUGUCAGUACCUAUAAAACAAUGAUAAGUACCUUAUCUAGUUUUUUGUUUGGCACCAGUUCUCAAAUAUUUUGUUUUAAGUUUUAUUUUUAAAAAAAAACAUAUUUUUUUUAGACAAUAUUUGUAUUAAUUGUUUUAUAUUAUCUUCUAGUGCUAUUAUAUAUAUUAUAUAUAUGUUUGUUAAAUAUAACCAAUUAUCAGCUUAUCUUGUAUAAUAUAAUGUGGCAUUUAUGAGUAA